AGUAGAAAGAGAACAAGAAUGAAGCACCCGAGACUGAAACUAGAGUAACUUUAACACAGACAUAGAAGGAAUGAUGGGACAACUGCAACAACUAAACACAACCUGAACCGCCCUGUGAACCAGUCCUGGACCCUGACGCGCUGCAGGAUCAACACGGACGAGGCGUGAUGGACUAUGAACCAAAGAAACCCAAGAAGGCCUUUGUGUCACCCAUUAAGCGGCUUGUCUGGUCUAAAUCUGGUCGCAGGUCAGUAGAUCGAGGGAGUGUUUACCGGCGCCCCCUGCACACCGUCCCCCUCUACCCUCCCGACUACCUCAUCCACCCUGAGAGGCUCAUCUUCGACUAUGUAGAGAAGGAAGUAAAGUUCCUCGGUCACCUCACCUGGGUUUCAGUUUCCCUCAAUCCCUCAAGUCGAGAUGAACUUUUACAACUACUGGACGCAGCCAGGCAGCUAAAGGUGCUGCCGCUGAAGAUGAGCGUGGAUCAGGACUGUAUUCUGAGUCUGUCUGCUCGCUGUCUGCUGCUGACGUGGAGGAACAACGAGAAGCUGCUGAUGAGGAUCCCAACACAUGAGAUCGCUGCUGCCUCCUACCUGAGAGAUGAUGCACUGCACCUGCUGAUCCUCAAGACAGGUCUAAAUGUGGAUUCUGUGGUGGCUGGAGAGGACAGCCUGGACAGGCCACCUGGAACCGACGGGCGACGACAAACCAUGAGUUCCAACGCUGACCCGCGACCUGCAGGAGGCACAAUGGAGCGCCGACACACCAUCUGUGGAGUCGACUGGAGGCCGUCGCUGUCCAGAAGUAACCACGACAAAAAUCAGAAUGUAGAGAGGGGAGGGGGUGGUGGAGGAGAACGAGGGGGAGGAGGGAGUUUAGAGAGAAAGAGGGUGGGAGGUAGCUGGGAGAGAAGGCAGCAAACACGCAAAACAGGAGGGAGCUGGGAGAACCGCAGAGCGCGACCCAUGAGCGGGAGCUGGGGGGUGGGUGUAGGAGGAGGUGGUGCAGGGAGCUGGGAAAGGAGACAUGGAGGCGGGGUGGGCGGAGGUGGAAGCUGGGAAAGGCGAGGAGGUGGAGGUGGGGGGAGCUGGGAGCGAAGACAAGCCUGCACAGGAAGCUGGGAGAGAGGGAAAAGUUACGGCAGCUGGGAGAGGAGGAACUACAACCCACUGGAGCCCACGCCGUGUCCCGACGCCUACUGCAACCUGGUCAUCCUGGGCGUGGAGAGCCGGGAUGCUGCAGAGGAAUACUGCUCUCUGAUUUGCCAGAUGUUCCAGGUUAUUUACGGCCAUCAGACGAUCGAGUGUGUGGACAGGGCAGGCUUUCACUACACCAUGCCGGACCGCUACUGGCUGCAGAGGAGUGACAGCUGUCUGACUGACAUGUCCUACAGUUAUGACCCAGACUUUAGCUGCUGCAGCUCAUGUGAUGAUUCCCAGGAUGCCUUUGAGCUCUACUAUAAAGACACAUACAGCGAGAGCUCGUCCCUGUCCCUGCAGGACUCCCAUCGCAGCCUGGCGUCCGUCAGUGAUGGAGGGGACAGCAACCCCGCCCUGCUGCUGAUGCAGGAAUACAUGAUCACUCUGCGUAACAAGCUGAGUCCAGUGGAGCUGCAGCAGUUUGCUGUGCUGCUGAGGGAAUACAGGCUGGGAUCGAACAUCGACCACUUCUGCUCUGAGCUGCUGCAACUGUACGGGGACAACCGCAAGUUCCUGCUGCUGGGCAUGCGUCCAUUCAUCCCAGACAAAGACGUCGGGGCAUUUGAGAGUUUCCUGGAAAGUAUUGGGAUCCGGGAGGGUGGGAUUUUAACCGACAGCUUUGGCCGAAUUAAACGCAGCAUGAGCAACACGUCGGCCACAGCCAUGAGAGGGUAUGACAACGGCUCCCUGGCCUCCGGAUCUCAGGAAUUCAACCGACGCAUCACUGACAUCACCCACGACAUCCAGGCACUCGGUUUCCAGGAAAGACAUGGAGACAUCGAGGAGGAAGACUACUACCUCUGAUGAAGGGACGUAUGACCCUACCUGAGUGCCGCUGAGCAACAACAGCACAUUAGCAUCCGUGUUCUAAUCAGUCCGACAUGACUAAAGUGUAAGUAAAGAUAAUCUGACAGCUGGCCUCUGUUAUGAUGUUAGAAUCUGGGAUUCCUGCUCCGCUUACCGAAGGAAGAACAGAAAAGACUAAAGCUGAUCAAUUCUUUAUCUAAACAGUAACUAUAGCAACUGUGUCUUGUUUUCUUCUUCUGUCUGAUUAAAUUAAAUCUAAAUAUGAUCAUCGUUGAACUCUAUACUUCGUAGGUGACAUUUAUACCAACAAUAAAGUUUUUGUGAGAACUUUAAAAACUUAAAAUGAGUUUUU